UUGGUUUGUUUUUAUUACUGCUUUAUUAAGGGUUUCAUCGAAGAUCCAGAGAAGUCGUUGGCGGAAGACGAGUAUCCAGAGAUUCAUGAUGGUGCUUCACUUACUGAUAUUCGAAGAAAGGUGCAUGCAACUGCGACCUACUAUGCGGCAGCCGCCUGCUUGCGAUUCGAUCGAGUGAAAAAUGGAGCGCUACGUAUUGAGCAACCAAAAUUGGUGUUUUCACUGAAUCCGGAAACGAAGCUUCCUUAUGCAGUGAAAGCCGAAGAGCCUCAGGAUUCGCAUAAAUUGGUGAAGGAGUUCAUGUUGUUGGCAAAUAUUGCUGUGGCGACGAAGAUAGAGGCACACUUCCCGAAGACGGCAUUCCUGCGUCGUCAUUCGCCACCAAAGCAGAAGGUUCUACGGGAAGUGCUGGAAGUAUGCGAAAAGAUUGGUUUCCCUCUGGAUGCAGCAUCGUCAGCUCGACUUGCCUCAUCGUUGAGCAAAUUCCAAGGCGGAAAUUCACUCCUACAGUCAAUAAAUCAGGUGCUGUCAAUGUUGCUGGCGAAACCCAUGCAAAUGGGUUAUUAUCUUUGUGCGGGUACAGCAAAGAAGAAGGAUGAGUAUCAUCAUUAUGCGUUGAACGUACCACUUUACACACAUUUCACUUCCCCAAUGCGUCGUUAUGCCGACAUAAUCGUACAUCGUCAGCUGGCUGCCGCUCUGGGAUAUUGUCCGCCGACCGAAAAGACUACCGCUGAUUUGGAGAGGCUGGUAAGUGUCCGGAUAAGCUCCUCAUUCUUCUGGUGUUCAUAUAUAAAUUACACACAUUUCACUUCCCCAAUGCGUCGUUAUGCCGACAUAAUCGUACAUCGUCAGCUGGCUGCCGCUCUGGGAUAUUGUCCGCCGACCGAAAAGACUACCGCUGAUUUGGAGAGGCUGGCCCAACAUUGCAACGAUAAGAAACUGGCGGCAAAGGCAGUUAGCGAUUCGAGUGAUGACACGUUCUUCGGUCUGGUUGUCAAGCAGAAUGGACCAAUUGAAGCUCGUGGUGUGGUGAUAAGUGUGAUGGAUGCUUCGUUUGACGUAUUGGUCCUGAAAUAUGGUGUAGUGAAAAGAGUCUACGUGAAUCGACUUGAUAUGGCAAGAGAUCCGAUAUUCAUUGAUGGACCACCUGCUCAGUUGACUUUAUUCUGGAAUCCGCCACUUUCUGGAGGACAGGAGCGAAACAAUGCCGUGAUCGAGCAGACGAUUCAGAUGUGCACAGUGGUGGACGUGGUGCUAACCGCCUUACCCGAGCCUACAAAAUACCAGGCACUGAUUAGGAUGCGCCCACAGUCGGAAACCCACACAUUGCUCGAGCUCAUGGAAGGCAAGGCAUGA